GUAUGAUUGCUGAUAACCGUGUUUUUUUUUUUGCUCUUUGGCAGAAGAGAUGUCUCAGCCCGGGAAUAGUCUGCGGGGCGUUGUGUUUGGUGGGAAUCCCCCAGCGGGGCCGAGGUUAAAGAGGCUUCGCGAGUCCAAGAGCUCGACCGGGGUCUCCACCAAAUCCCCAGCUACGGAGAAGGAGAGAGAGCCGUCAUCCCAGGUCGCGGGGGCGAACCUCCCUGUCGCCAGGACAGGACUCAUGCAUCCGCCACCCCAACGAUCUCCACUGGCCGCCCAGGACGGGGUAAUAGAGGUCGGGAAUCUGGCCGCGGCAGCCCCGGACGUGCGUAUCCCGGUCGACCCCCGGGCUCUGGAGAAGAUGCCCGAAGCAUCCCGGGGUACGGUGUACGAGUCGGCCAGCUACGCCGUCAGCCACUAUUACAAUAUCAGGGAGAAGGAGCUCCGGGCCAUCGAAACAACGAGCCCGGUCCGAGUUAUAGAGUCCGCUAUGGACAUGACUUUAACGGGCAUGGCUGCCGCCUAUAGAGGCAUCGUUAGGACCAAGGCCCAGCUCGAGGGUUUGGAAGCAGAUCGCCAGACUUCCCUCCAGGAGUCUCAGGAGGCGAGGGACACCUUGGCGGCCUCAAAAGCCGAGUUAGAGAAGGUCCGCUCGGAGAACCAAGAGCUUAAACGCUCCCUGGCCGCAUCCGAGCUAGAGAAGCUUCGCUCCGAGAACCUAGAGCUUAAAAACUCCCUGGCCGCAUCGCGGGCAGACCUUGAGGUGGCGAAGGCCGAAGUCCAGACCUCCCAGGACGCCCUGAAAGAUGAGCGGGUCGUGUCGGAGCAGUCCUUACAGGACCUAUUCUAUCACUGCUGGUCCCACAAUCCGGACGCGGACUUCUCCUUCAUGCCGCCGGACCUCUGGGCAUUCCUGUUGCCGCGGCUUCAAGCCCGCCUGAAUAAGGAGGCUCCUCCAUCGGAGACUGGAGAGGCCUCUGCCGCGGCGGAGCAGGGUGAGACCGCGACCUCCAAAGGGCCAGCUGAUGGGGCUUAGGAUGCUUCUUGUUUUCGUAUUUUGAACACUUUUUUUUUUUUUAUUGUAAUUCUCUUUUUUAUGUGAGGCGUUUCCGCCUCGAGACAAUUUGCUCAACCAGUUUUACAUAUGUAUUUUUAUGCAUUUGGUCAUAAUUUAUCUCUUUAUUUUUAUGAACGUAGUUCGAGUUAACUUUAUCCGUAUCCCGGGCUCUUUAAAUAAGAUCCGCGUUCAACAAAUUUUUAGUUCACUCCUAAGUUUUCUGACCUGGUUAAGACCAGGAACU